UUGAAGCCAAAUUUAAAGAAGAGUAAUUAUGUUAUUCCUCUGUUCUUUUCCAGAGAAAAGAUAUAUGGUGGAAAAUUACCAGUACUUGGUAUCACAAUAUCCUAGCAAUGAUGCAUUACAAACUCAGGAGCCAAAAGGAACUGUAUAGUAAGGGUACUCCAACCCUUGAAGAGGCUGAGCAGUGAGGUUUACACACCUGAGGGACAGGAUGCCAUCCAGAGGGACCUGGACGAGCUCAAGAAGUGGGCCCAUGUGAACCUCAUGAAGUUCAACAAGGCCAAGUGCAAGGUCCUGCACCUGGAUCGGGGCAACCCCUGUUAUCAUACAGGCUGGGGGAUGGAGGGAUGGAGAGCAGUCCUGUGGAGAAGGACUUGGGGGUACUGGUGGAUGAAAAGCUGGAGAGGAGUCAGCAGUGUGCACUCGUAGCCCAGAAAGCCAACCGUAUCCUGGGCUGCAACAAAAGCAGUGUGGCAAGCAGAGUGAGGGAGGGGAUUCUGCCCCUCUGCUCUGUUGAGACCCCACCUGGAGUACUGUGUCCAGCUCUGGGCUCCUCAGCACAGGAAAGCCAUGAACCUGUUGGAUCGGGUCCAGAAGAGGGUCACAAAAAUGAUCAGAGGGAUAGGAAACUUUUCCUAUGAAGACAGGCUAAGGGAGUUGGGGUUGUUCAGCCUGGAGAAAAGGCUCUGGAGAGAGACUUUAUUGCGGCCUUUCAGUACCUAAAGGGGGCUUGAAAGAUGGGGUCAGACUUUUUAGUAGGGCCUGUUGCAAUAGAACAAGGGGUGUAACGGUUUUAAACUAAAAGAGGGUAGAUUUAGAUGAGAUAAGGAAGAUAUUUAUUACUGUGAGGGUGGUGAAACCCUGGCCCAGGUUGCCCAGGGAGGUGGGAGAUGCCCCAUCCCUAUGAGCAGCCAAGGCCAGGCUGGACGGGGCUCUGAGUAACCUGAUCUAGCUGAAGAUGUCCCUGCUUGCUGCAGGGGGGUUGGACUAGAUGGCCUCUAACAGUCCCUUCCAGACCAAACCAUUCCAUGAUUCUAUAAUUAUGAUGGUAAAGACUGUAGUGAACAAUUUAACCUUCUUCUGCAGAUAUUGGAGGACAACUGCAGAAUAUAUGGAAAAAUAGUUUUAUAUCUAGUUCAUGAGUGUUUUUCUCUCUCCCAUUAGAAUGCUGUGUUGCUAUUAAGAGCUAUUGAAGAGAUAUUGUCUUGCUUUCUAUUUGUUAUAAACACAAAACCCUCUUUAUUUCUUUCCCUGUUUUUCAGCUGAGCUGCACCAAGUGACAUAUCAGAAACAUCUAGUGACCCCCACUUGGAUGCUUCACACAUGACUUAAGCCAGCGGCGCAAGAUGGCAGUAGCAAUUAUGAGCACUGAUCACACUUGCCUACAGGUUUCCCAGGCCAUCAGUCAGCAUGUGAAACCCACUAAUGAAGGCCAAGCCCUCAUCCUCUUCUCACAAUUGCCUAACCUGCGGUUUCUUCCAGAUGCAGUUGAAGUGUGAAAGUUGUUCUCACCACAGAUGGAAAGGCUCAGGUUCUGCCAGUGACCUUUAUUUAAGGCUCACCUGGACCUCAGGACUGGUGCCUUUUCCAGGGCACUGAAACAAUGCUGCAGGAAUUACCCCGGCUUCUGUGGGCACAACACUAGUGACAAAGGACUCUACAUCAGUUGUUGAGGUAACAACAUUAACCUCAAGUUACAUGCCCUAUAAAUGAGACCGUUUAAAGAGUCUUCCUUAUUUCAUAUUGGAGCGGCUAGGACUCUACACUGGAAAGUAUUUAGUCUGGUUUACAUUCGACUUUAAAGAAUGGUGUCUCCACAGUUGUUCCACAAAAUCUUAGGAGUACUUUUUUUGCUGCUCGGGCACUGUGCUCAGGGUAAAGAAGCAAGAAUUCCUCCGCUGCCUGGUUUUGUGCACUUGCCUGAAGAUGGGGUAGAUGAAGGCUUUAUACCGGGUUUCCUACCGCUGGCUGAUAAUGAAAUGGAAGACAUUACCUGUCUGUUAGAACAUCGGAUUUCCAGGCUUGAAGGAGUCCUCCACUUGGAAAAGAUAACAGCAUCUGGAGGAAAAAUAUUUGCUAGCAACAGGGGAAAAGCCGAUUUCCAUACUAUAUUGACAAAAUGCAAAGAGGUUGGAGGGUCUAUUGCCACUCCAAGGAACCCGGGUGAGAAUGAUGCCAUUCUGUACUUUGUGAAAAAUUUUAAAACCUACACCUACCUGGGGAUGAAGGAAUCUAUAGUCCCAAGCAAAUUCCACUUCCUGAACGGUACACAACUCAGCUACACUAAUUGGCAUUUAAAUGAACCUUCUGGCAGAGGGGAAGAGAAAUGUGUGGAGAUGUACACCGAUGGCACUUGGAACGACAAAAAGUGCAACCAGAACCACCUUAUCGUCUGUCAGUUUUAGUGCUUCCCCCCGCUGCUGUCCAGCGGACCCCCAGGGUCACCCUUUUCUGCCCCUUGUGUCUUCAUUUGUAGCUAGUGAACUCAGAUAUUGCAGCAGGGAAAAUAAAAUUCACUCUUCCCCAGCCUGAUCUGUCUCUUAAACAAAUGCCAACCAUAAAGAGGAAAUUCCUUAUUACGAGAGCAGUGGCCAUUUUGUCCAUUCUGCUACACAUUGGGCACGGAGUUUCUUGAUGGGACUGCCUACGGGUUCCGCUGCCCUGGUAAAUUACAAGAGCAGCAAAAAGCAGGUUUCUUGGGUACAUACCUGAAGUCACUUGUGGCCACACGAUCUUCCAGCACCCCUUUAUCCAUGAGCCUCAGUUCUGUGUAUUUGCAUCCUUUCUAUAAGUUUCCCUCACUAAACCUACCUGUACAGACACUCCUGCUACCACUGCUCUGGCUCAGCCUGUGUUUCUCUGGCCACCUUCACCUCUGACAGAUCAACUGAAAGAAGAAACAAGCAGUGCUGCUAGGGUGACACGGAGCUAUGAGCGCAAGGGGACUCGCCUACCUUACCUUCCCCACAGGAAAGCUUGAGUCAGCAGGUCUUUAACCUUCGUAUACCCAAAAAGUGGUGGCCAGAAGCCAAAUGUCCUGAGCCCCUCCGGCAACUCCUAAUCUCUUUCCUGACUCAAAGUGGGAGCAGCACAAGAAGCUCAAGUUCCCGCGCCAUGUGGGGUGUGUGUGGAAGGAAACACGCAAAGGCUGAAAAGUUACAGUGCCCAUGUGGUUUGGGGAGACCAGUAAAGCCACGACAAGGUCAAUUUCUUUGAGCUAGAGAGAUUCAGAUACAGCUGAUUUGUGGGCACCAGAGCUGCUUGGCAAAACCCAGUUGCGAUUUCCAUGGAGCUAAGCUUGGUGGAUGCCUACGUUUCCAAAGCAGCCCAUAUUCUGUACUCAUUGCAAAAGCUGCUCAGAGCCUGCGCCCUCAAGUUAGAGGAUUGUUUAAGACAAAGCUUUCCUAACAACUUUGUUACUGGGGUCCAGUCACCUACUGAGGUUGAGUAUUCCCAAGGUUAGAUGCACAGUUGUGCAGUGCAAGAGGCACAUCCAGAGAUGCCUAUGACUUUUUUCCUUCUUCUGGGGCAGUUGAAGUCAACAUAGCUUAGCCAAUGCAGGCUCCGCAUAGUCUGCAUGUCACGGUACAAAGGCUGGUUGCGCAUCCAGGCACGCUGCCAUAUACGCUGAGCCAAAUGCCUGGCUGUCGGUAACAGCCACUCGUUUGAGCUUUGUUAGUUCCAGCCUGGCCAUGGACAGCUGAGCAAGGAAACAUCCAGCUCUAGAACCAGACCAGCUCCUCUCACCCUCUGUGUGACAAGGAGACAGAACAGUCAAACUAUGCAGGUAAGUGGGGAGGGAAGGCGUGCUCACAGCUGCUGUGAAUGCACAGGGCAGCGAAGGGGCUGCUUGGAGCUGUGCACAUCACUAAUUCCAGAGCAGCCACUAGCUGUGCACGACAUUCCUGAGCUGGCUUAAAUUCAGUUACUCAAAUAUUUUAAGUACACACUCGCACCACCUGCUCCAGGACAGGGCAUGGAUCUUCCUGGCCUCUAUUCAGCCCUCUGCUCAAUGUCACGGCCUGCGAAUCAUUCUUGCUAUUAGUCUCUGCAAACUAAGCAAUUAAUCUUACAGGUAUUUACUUAGGAUGAUUAAUGCAACAGGGCUAACAUCAAUCCAAGACACCUUUCUGCUUGAACAGUUUGGUGCCUGCAGGUGGUCUGCCUCCACAGAUUAUUUAUUUAUUCACUCCAGCAAUAUUAAAAUCUUUCAUCACAAUAAUGCAUAUUAAAUAGGACCAUGUUUCCCUGUUCCAGGAGCAAUAAGGUAUCCCAACAUAUGCAAAGAGAAAAGUUUUGUGAGCAAAGUCCUCAGUUUACCCAACACAUCUGUUCAGCACAUAAGGAGAUCUACAAGCUGUUAACUAAUGCCCUGUUUCUGGACAACAUAACCAAAAUUUAAACUACUGAAUCCUAUAUAGUGUAAUGCCUAGGCAGACUGUUAUGUUGCUAUGUUAACCCAAGUGAAACAGGUAUGUAGAGAGGAAAUGAGGACUCGGGAGUCCAUAGGCACGGUUUCACUUUCACACGCUAUUCUUACUCUUACUCACAAAUGUUUUACAGCUCACCAGUAUCUGCCCGCACCCAUCAGCUCACCCACCCACAGCCUUCAGCCUUCCGUGACUCCUGUUGUGAAACUAACUCUGCCACGAGCACGAGGAAACAGCAACACAGGCACAGUAGUUUCCCGUCAUUGUAUUCCAAUAAAAUUUAGGAUGUU